AUGCUUUGUCUAACAGUUCGUCUGUACUGCUCACCAGUAACCAAAGAGCUGCUACUAACUAAUCCGAGAUAUAAAUUUUGGGAGAAUUACAUAGUUGCCCUUGAAGUCGAAACUCCCACACAAAUUUCUCUAAUUGAUGAAACAUCUGGUGAGAAAGAAGAUAUUGUCGUAACACUUCUACCGGCUGGCCACUGCCCAGGAUCAGUCAUGUUUCUGUUCCAAGGUGAAAAUGGCACUGUGUUGUAUACUGGAGACUUCAGACUUGCAAAAGGAGAAGUUGCCAGAAUGGAACUACUGCAUUCUGGGAACAGAGUGAAAGAUAUCCAGAGUCUGUAUUUAGAUACCACUUUCUGCGAUCCCAGAUUUUAUCAGAUACCAAGCAGGGAAGAAUGUAUGCAAGGUAUACUGGAAUUAGUACGGAAUUGGAUCACUCUAAGUCGCUAUCAUGUGGUAUGGCUGAACUGCAAAGCUGCUUAUGGAUAUGAAUAUUUAUUCACAAAUCUCAGUGAAGAGCUUGGAGUCAAGGUGCAUGUGAACAAAUUGGACAUGUUUAAAAACAUGCCAGAGAUCCUUUACCAUAUCACCUCAGAUCGGCACACUCAGAUUCAUGCAUGUCGACAUCCAAGGGAUGAUGAAAUCAUGCGAAGUAACAGAUUGCCCUGUGGCAUGACUUCCCAGAAUGGUAAACAGUUGCAUAUCAUUAGUGUCAAGCCAUCCACAAUGUGGUUUGGGGAAAGAAUGAGGAAAACCAAUGUAAUAGUGAGGACUGGAGAAAGUUCAUACAGAGCUUGCUUUUCAUUUCACUCUUCUUUUAGUGAGAUCCAGGAUUUUGUGAGCUAUAUUUGCCCUGUCAAUGUGUUUCCCAACGUUAUUCCAACAGGUGCAACAGAGGAGAGAGUUAUAGAAAUUUUAAAACCAUUGUGCCGAAUGUACAGUCAAAGGAACAAACCAAUGUAUAAACCACUUGGGGCACUGAAGAGAGCCAGAACGUCGGAUGAAACAGAUUCAGGUUGUGAUGGUGGUGAUCUCUUCAAUACAGAACGAAUUUGUAUCAGAUCCAAGCUUCCUAAACUGUUGCCAGACAACAAACCUCUUGUGCAAAACCACGAAGACAGGUAUAAGGUGUCUUCCAUGCCUAAUUCUGUGAAAGUAAAUUUUGUGAAGUGUGAAGAACCCAAUGAUGACGAGGAGAAGUCUGAGAGAGAGAUGUUUUGGGUGCCCAAAGGAGGAGUGCCCAAAGUUGGACUGGCCCAUUCAGAACCAAGUUCCAAGCAAAAUGAAGAUGUACAGCUGGGUAAUUUGGAAAUGCCCAAAUGGGAGAACUUUUUUCGGCAUAACAAGGAAGAUACAGAUACUUCCGAACAUGAGGACAGUGAUCUGCCACCUACAGAACUAACCGAGCCAGACUCACCUAGUCUGUUUAGUGACAGUGACUCGACUCAUAUCUCCUCCCAAAACUCUUCUCAGUCAACACAUAUAUCUCAAGAAGAAGGGUUGGACAGCCAGGCGGAUACCCUACCCAUAUGUACCCAACAACGAAGGCAUCUUGAACUCAGCUCUUUCAAGAGGUGACUAAACAAGGCAAAGUUUUAUACACCUUUUAGAGAAAACAAUGCAUACCUUUGAAAUGUUAAGUGUGGAAUGGAAAGUCAGAGCCCAGUAAAUGAAUGUACAGCAGGCCUGUACUUUGUGGGGGUUAAGGGCAUAGAACCCCUAUGAAAGAAGAAAAAAUGUGUUAUGCUAAAAGACUUAAAGAGAUUCCCAGAGGUAUUUUAUAGGAAUAUCUAGGUCCUCUAGCAAAAAUAUGGUCAUUGGCCAGGAUACAUUGAUCAUUGAAUUGGAGCUAAACUUGGGAACAUAUUACACCCACAGAUACGGAAGAUCGAUUGUAGGCAGACAGAAUUAGCAUGAGACAUGAGUAAACAGGAAGAGAAAUGUAUUGUCGAAGGCUUUCAUGGCCGGAAUCACUGGGUUGUUGUAGGUUUUUUCGGACUACAUGGCCAUGUUCUAGAGGCAUUCUCUCCUGACCUUUUGCCUCCAUCUAUGGCAAGCAUCCUCAGAGGUAGUGAGGUCGGUUGGA